AUGGGACACCCAUCUCGUGCUGCACUUUGUGCCUGGAUGUUCCUGCUUUUGCCGUUGGAAGCCAGUGCAGGACACUGGAGGGCACAGGAGGACAAGGUGCUUGGGGGCCAGGAGUGCGAGCCCCAUUCGCAGCCUUGGCAGACGGCCUUGUUCCAGGGCGUCCGUCUGCUCUGCGGGGGUGUCCUCAUAGACGCCAACUGGGUUCUCACAGCAGCCCACUGUAAAAAACAGAAGUACACAGUACACUUGGGAGAUCACAGACUGCAGAACGGGCCAGAGCAAGAAAGGGCGGUGGCUCAGUCCAUCCCACACCCCUGCUACAACAGCAACAGCAACAACCACAAGCAUGAUCUGAUGCUCAUUCGACUGCGUGAUCCAGCAUCCCUAGGGCCUAAAGUGAAGCCCAUCAACCUGACAGAUCACUGCCCUCAAGCUGGCCAGAAGUGCAUCGUCUCAGGCUGGGGCACUAUUUCCAGCCCCCAAGAGAACUUUCCGGAUGCACUCCACUGUGCACAAGUAGAGAUCUUUCCGCACAAGCGGUGUGAAGACGCCUACCCUGAGGAUGUCACCGAGGGUAUGAUCUGUGCUGGUGACAGCAAAGGGGCUGACUCAUGCCAGGGUGAUUCCGGGGGUCCGCUGGUGUGUGGCGGCGUUCUCCAAGGUAUCACAUCUUGGGGCUCAGACCCCUGCGGGCAACCCCAGAGACCUGGCAUCUACACCAACAUCUGCCUCUAUCUGGACUGGAUCAAGAAGACCAUAGGCCGCAGGAGCUGCGCCUAG